UCGACAAUUUCGACGUUGAUCCUUCUUGGGUGAUCCCAAUUUCCGGUUUGUACACGACUGCUUUCGCCGAGGCCUUGCUAUUGCCGUAGUGUCACUCGCGACGGGGACUUUUCGUCCCGCAGCCAUGGCCGUGUGAUCGAGCCAGCCAGACAGUCACAUUUUUCAAGACAAACCCACGCCGCCGGCACGUGGACGUUUGUUUCUUAAUCCGCCGACUCGUUCCACAACCAGUUGGCGAAAAGGAGAAGAAGAAGAAGCGGCUAAUAGCUCCCCUAAGCUAACCGCUCCCAUUCGGAACCCGGUGACCGUUUUCAAGAUGUCAACGGCGGGCUUCAACGGCCAGAAUGUGACUGGGCAGCCAUACGCCAACGGUCCUUCACAGAAUCCAGUUGGUGUCCAGCAGCUCCCAGCGGUCAAUUACGGCACGACGCACCAACCGAGCUACAACCCGAUGCAGGCCAAGGCCGCGGCGCCCCCUCCCCCCGGUCCCGGACUCUACCCCUCCGGGCCAUACCAGCACAUCCCUCCAGUCAGCUCCCAUCAAUCCGGCCCGCCGCCGCCGCCGCCCUCGUCCUAUCCAUCCCCGCCCAACCAACCUCAUCACCCCCGACCCCCCCUGGGCGGCCCCGCGUCCCGCACCCCUCCCCAGUCUGCCGGCCCCAGUCCCGGUCCCCGGCCGCCCCCCGCGCGGGCCACCCCUCCUCCGCCACCCGCCGCGUCUUUGAGCGGCUACUACCCCAACGCCCAACAUCAGCAGCAGCAGGUUCCAGGGUGGCAGUACAACUCGGGUCCGCCGCCCCCCGCGGCCGUGAACGCGCCACCCCGGGCCUCGGCGCCCAACCACGUGAGCCCGCCCGCGCCUUACAGCUCCGCGCCUUCGCCCUCCAUGUCCCAGAACGCGGCCCAGCCCCCCGCCUCUCUACAAGGAUACGGCCAGCCAGGUGCCGCUUCUCCGCCAAUGAACCAGGCGUCUUCACAGCAAUACUACUCGAGCAGAGCUCCCUAUGGGCCCCCGCCCGCGGGCCCCCCGAUGGCCAACGCCACCCCGCCUCCCCCAAAGGCUGACGGAACGCUCGCCGGUGUCGGCGCCAACCACGUGGACGGCAAACCGGCCGGGCCCCCCCAGCAUGUCCCGCCGGGUCACCACUUGGGCCACUACCCGUCCCUGCCGCCCGGGUACCAGCAGCCCGCGGCCCCCCACGCCGCCCCCUCGACCAUCUCGCACCCGGCGAUCGACGGCGCCACGCAGCCUUACAGUCAAGCGCCUCGGCCGUACCAGCAGCCGCCCCCCGGGCCCGGCCCGGCUCACCUCAGCCCGUCCCUGGCGGCCAUGAGUCUGCAGUCCGGCACCCCCGAGAGCCUGCGGGUGGUCAACCUGCUGCAGGAGCGCAACCUGCUGCCCCCGGGCCCGCUGCCCGCCCCCACGCCCUGCCUGCCCCAAGACCUGCAGAAGAUGAACUGCAGCCCCGAGGUCUUUCGCUGCACGCUGACCAGCAUCCCCCAGACGCAGUCGCUGCUCAAUAAAGCCAAGAUGCCGCUGGGCCUCCUGCUGCACCCCUUCAAGGACCUCUCCCAUCUUCCCGUGGUGACGUCGAGCGCCAUCGUCCGCUGUCGCUCCUGCCGGACGUACAUCAACCCGUUCGUGUCCUUCCUGGAUCAGCGGAGGUGGAAGUGCAACCUGUGCUACCGGGUCAACGACGUUCCAGAGGAGUUCAUGUACAAUCCAGUCAGUCGGUCCUACGGAGAACCACACAAGCGACCCGAAGUGCAGAACGCCACCAUCGAGUUCAUUGCUCCUUCAGAAUACAUGCUGAGGCCGCCGCAGCCGGCCGUGUACCUCUUCGUCCUGGACGUGUCUCACAACGCGGUGGAGACGGGCUACCUGAAAGUCUUCUGUCAGUCGGUGCUGGACAACAUCAACGCGCUCCCCGGAGACGCGCGGACAAAAGUGGGCUUCAUCACAUUCGACAGCACCAUUCACUUCUACAACCUCCAGGAGGGCCUCUCCCAACCUCAGAUGCUCAUCGUGUCCGACAUCGAAGAUAUCUUUUUACCCACACCUGACAGCCUUUUAGUCAACCUCAACGAGAGCAAAGAGCUGGUGCAGGACCUCCUGAAGAGCUUGCCGACGUUAUUUGCGAAUACCAUGGAGACUCAGUCGGCGCUGGGCUCGGCGCUGCAGGCCGCCUUCAAGCUGCUGUCGCCCACCGGCGGCCGCUUGUCCGUCUUCCAGACGCAGUUGCCCAACCUUGGCGUCGGGGCGCUCCAGUCCAGGGAGGACCCCAACCAAAGAGCGUCCGCCAAGGACAUCCAGCACUUAUCCCCGGCGACGGACUUCUACAAGAAGCUGGCGCUGGACUGCUCGGGGCAGCAGGUGGCCGUCGACCUGUUCCUGCUCAGCUCGCAGUACUGUGACUUGGCGUCUCUCGGUUGCAUAUCGCGCUACUCGGCGGGGAGCGUCUACUACUUCCCCUCCUACCACCACCAGCACAACCCCGCCCAGGUGGAGCGCUUCCAGAAGGACCUGAAGCGCUACCUGACGAGGAAGAUCGGCUUUGAGGCCGUCAUGAGGAUACGCUGCACCAAAGGGCUGUCCAUUCACACGUUCCACGGCAACUUCUUUGUGCGCUCCACCGACCUGCUGUCGCUGCCCAACGUCAACCCGGACGCCGGCUAUGCCGUGCAGAUGUCCAUCGAGGAGAACCUGGACGAGAUGCAGGUGGUCUCCUUCCAGGCCGCGCUGCUCUACACCUCCAGCAAAGGAGAGCGCAGGAUCCGCGUGCACACCCUGUGCCUCCCGGUGGUCCACUCCCUGUCGGACAUCUUUGCCGGCGCCGACGUUCAAGCCAUGGCCGGCCUGCUGGCGUGCAUGGCCGUGGACCGCUCGGUGACGGCCAGCUUGAGCGACGCCCGGGACGCCAUGACCAACGCCGCCAUCGACUCCCUGUCGUCGUACCGCCAGUCGGUGCUGACCAUCCAGCAGCCCGGCUUGCUGGCCCCCGCCUGCCUCCGACUCUUCCCGCUCUACAUCCUGGCGCUGCUCAAGCAGAAAGCAUUCCGGACGGGCACCAGCACCAGGCUGGACGACCGCGUGGCCUCCAUGUGUCAGCUCAAGUACCAGCCGCUAGCCUACGCCAUGCUGACCAUCCACCCCGCGUUGUACCGCGUUGACGAUCUGACCGACGAGGGCGCCUUGAACGUCAACGAGCGGACCGUCCCUCAGCCGAGAGUGCUGCAGCUGUCGGUGGAGAAGCUGAGCAGGGAGGGAGCCUUCCUCAUGGAUGCUGGAACGAUCAUGUAUCUGUGGAUCGGACGCAAUUGCAACCCCAACUUCCUGACUCAAGUCCUGGGUGUCCCCAGCUACGCCGCCGUGCCUGAUAACCUGUACUUUCUGCCAGAGCUGGACACUGCCGAGUCUCAGAGGACCAGAGCGUUUGUGGGCUGGCUGAGGGAGCAGAGGCCCUUCUUCCCCUCGCUGCACAUCAUCAGGGACGAGAGCCAGCUGAAAGUAGCGUUGAUGCAGAACCUGAUUGAGGACCGCACCGAGUCGGCGCUCUCCUACUACGAGUUCCUGCUCCACCUGCAACAGCAGAUCUCCAAAUGAGCCGUUUGUGUGCGUGCAUGUGGAAAGAGCGCAAGUGCAUGAUGGACGCUUUCAAUUUAGCCUUGGAGGUGAUCCAAUAAACAAAUGUGUGUAUGUAUAUAUUUGUGUGUACAUGUGUGCGCGCAUAUACAUGCAGAUAUGUACGUAUGCAUAUACAUGUAUAUGUGCGUGUGUGUGUGUACAUGUACUAUAUGUAUGUAAAAGAUGGAAAGUAUCAGUUUUUAUUCUCAUAGAACAAUAAUGUCCAAAGUUUUGAGGUAUGGCUCAGAUGUGAGCUCAUUGAUGGCAAAAGCACAGAACGUUUCCUCGAACACUUCACGUGUAUGCAAGUUUGUGUGCGUGUGUGUGUGUGUGUGUGUGUGUGAUUUCAGGCUAACCGAGGUGUCCGACUGUUAUUAAGUAUCUUCAUCACUUUUUUUUUCUUUGUGAAGAUUUCAUCUUUCUGUGUGGCGUGCCGAACAAAUGCCAGAAAAGGGCAAAGAAAGCAUCAGGCGCCCACUUGAAUGUUGCGUUGCAAUCUUUUUUUUUUUUUGCACCCCUCCUGUUUAAUUUAUGAGCCUCCCAAUAUAAUUAAAAUUCAAUGAUUGCCUUGAAGGGGAACUCUACUUUUACUACCAAGCUUCCUGUUGAAACCCAGACUAUAUGUAAAAUAUUUUAAUAUAAUAGAAUACAGGAUUUUUUUUUUUUUUUUUUUUGUUCGUGAACACGAGACCUAACAGAAAAAGCCAUUGUGAUCUUUAAUCAUGCGAAUUGAUACUUGUUUAUUGAAAAUACUGCAUUAUAUCAAUGGUGGAGAGAUGCUAAUGACAUUUUAGUAUGACCGAUUAGGUGACAUGUCAAUGAAAUAAAAUGUUUGGGACUUUUUAAA